AUUCCAUAUAUUAUUCUAUAUAUAAGAAUAAUGUUAUUACUAUUUUUUAGUUAUGUUUGCCCUCUUCAUUCAUAUACAGGCAACGAAAAAGUUUUUAAAAUAUUUAAUAUAUUUAAUAUUUUCUGAUUGAUGCCUUUGAACAAUGACCUUUCGAAGUUUCUCAGUGAUGGAAAUGAUAGCAGCUAUUUAUUUAUUAUUUUUUUCAAACACUGCCCGGGUGCACAUAUUUUUUUAUAUGUGCAUCGUUACCCUGCUCUCCCGUUUAAUUGCCCCUUUUGCAUUGAAUUGUUUGGCGCCCACGUCUGGGCGAAUCGGUCGCUUUAUCAUCUCGGACCCAUCUUGGUCAAAUGGCAUUUUGCGGUGGUUUUUUCUUUGCCGAUUUUCCUCGCUUUUUGUGCCCCAGCGAAGAUUUACAGAUUUCGCCACUGAGUUCGAACUGCUUAACUUGGCUUUGUGUAAUUGGCGCUACAAACGCGACUCCGAAAAACUCGAUCCGCGAUCCAUAUGCGUACUCCACCAUGGCUGGACCUGCCCCCCUUUGGGCCGUGUGUCCCCUGUUUACAGAGUUGCUGACAUACCACCAUGCAAAGGCUGCCACUACAGUGAACUGUGACCACAAGGACCUGGAUCGGGGGUGUCUGGGCCGACUGCCUCGACUGGCGACGACAGCAACACGAUGUAAGACAACUAAAUUAAGUUAUUGUUUCUUGGCCAAAAUCGACGAGCCUAAUCACUUGGGAAUACCCUUCUAUUGGGUGUGGCUGCGGACGAGGACGAGGACAAAGCUGCGGACCAGCUACCGGAUUUCUUUGGGCUUGUCGCUCCAUCUAAUUAAGGAGCAUUUGGUCCAUGGCGGCGUCUACAAGAUCUGUUCAUGAUUAUUGCCCCGGUCCAUAUCGCCGCCUGGAGCUCCCUGCGAAUGACAAAUAUGCUGCCUUGCACCAGGGAUUCCAACUGGGAGUCAGAAGCGACUUCUGUUGUCUUCCAAGGAAGCCAGUCUCUCGCUGCUCUUUAAAUAAAGAUAUUUUCGCCCUCAU